AUGGAUAUUGAUCCCAACAAAGAUGAUAGUGGCCAUCGUGGUGUUCGUCCGGGGACUGGUCGUAAGCGAAAGGAAGUACCUUCAUCAAUUCAAGCCAUAACAGAUGAAAGAAGAGCACAAGCUACACUUGGACAAGAAAUAUCAAGAUACAGAGCUAAAUUGACAGUUCCGGUAAAUGGAAUAAGAUGGUCACAUCAGGUAUCGUGA